AUGGCGUACAACCCGUACGGAGGAGUGCCCGGCUUUGGGCCUCCUCCCACGUACAACUCAUACCCUGGAGCAAAUGGCCCGCCUCCGGGCAUGUCCACCCCUCCGGGUCUUGGACCUCCUCCAGGCAUGUCUGCCCCGGGAAUGGCGCCGCCUGGCGUUCAGCAGCCGAAUAUCAAUCAAGCUAAUCGACCCAGCGGCUUGCCUUCAAACUUUCAAGCUCCCCCGAACAUGCCCAAUAUAAACUUCAAUGCCCCUGUCAUCCGACUCGGCACCCUCCCGCCCAAGCCAGCCGCUACGGGUUUCCCUAGCCGCAGCGACAGCGAGACUCCCAAGUCCGCCGGUCCCCGUCCAGGUCUAGGCGUGGAACGCGGCAUGGACCAGACCCGACAGGCUAUCCGCGACAACAUGCAAGCUUUGGUGCCGCCGACAAAGGAGGAGAUCGUUCGCACCAUGUUCGUGCAAGGUAGUAUGGAUGGCAUUGGCGGCAACAAGGGCAUCGAGGAAAUUCUGAAUAUUGUUGGCAACCUGCGCAAGUGGGAGAGAGCGGCCGAUGCGGCCGGCAAGGAGGCAUCCUUCGGCUUCGCCCAGUUCGAAGAUGCUGAAUCAUUGUGGGUAGCCUCGGAACUUCUGAGGGAGAUACAAAUACCCACCAAGAAACAGGCCCCUGCAGAAGCGCCCCCCGACGCCGACGAUAGCUACGAAGGGUUUGACAAGACUACGCUGCUGUUCAAGCUGGACGAGAACUCCAUGAACUACCUCGAAUCCUACAGAGAAGGUCGGACGAAUGAGUCGGAAGCCGAGGACAGACUCAGUGCGGCCAUAGGUGCGUUGAAGCAGACUGUUCGCAACUUCUUCUAUCCUCCCGUGAAAUCAGGAGCAGACGCGGAUGGCGAUGUAGCCAUGGGCGAUGGCUCUGGCCAGAAUGGAGAAAACGUCGAGGUGGUCAACAUCCCCCUGGCCCAGGAGGAUGAGCUGGCCGACAUUCCCGCUGAGAUGCGUGAGACCGUCGCAGCAGAGAUUGCAGCCUUCAGGGAACGGAGCAUCAAGCGAGACCUGGAGCGGUUGAAGAGGGAGGAGGAGUUGGAGGCCAUGGAGCGGCAACGCGCAGCAGGCAACAGACCUUCAAGGCUAGCGUCGCCUCCACCUACUGGAGUAGGCGCCAACACCACUCCUCUGGGACCGCGCGGUGUGCCCAAUGCCCCGUCAGGCCCUAAGGGACAGAAAUCCGACCUCGGCAAAGACUACAACAGAUCUGUCAACUUUGUCAACGGCGGCAUCACGAAUGGUGGCCUUAGCAUUAACCGCGAAGAUGAGGAGACCGACGCGAGUGACGAUGAGCUGGAACGCAGGCGUGUUGCGAAGCAGGAGGCAGAGACCGAGAAGCUGUACUUGGAUGCUGAGCGUAGGUGGCUCAACAGAGAGAGGUCUCGAGCUGCUGCUCUAGAGAGAGAGAAGGAUCGUGACGAGACGGACGACGUUGAGCUCGCCAAGAGGAGAGAGGAGACGCUGCAUCGGCUUAAGCACUUUGACGACGAGGCUGAGGCUGCGCGGAAGAAGGAGGAGUAUUAUAACGACAGAAGUGCGUGGAUCCGAAACAGGACUGCCUUCCGUGCCCGAGAAGUGGCCGCUGAUGAUGCCGACCGCGCCGCGGAAACCCAGGAUCGACUGCACGAGGAGGCUGAGCGAGAGCAAGCAAGAGGCAUGGCCGACUCAUUCCUCAACGAGCAGGCCCGCGAAAUUGAGCGGCAAACAAGCAGACCCGGCGUUUCGGCACCGCAACCCUUCAAGUUGUCGCUUGGAGCAGCCGCUCAACGUGCCCAGGCCCAACGUGCCGCUCCUCAGCGAAAGACGGUCGCUGAGGUGGAAGGCCUGUUGGAGGAUGAAGAAGAGGACAACAAGAAGCGGACGAUCAUCCCGAUCAAGUUCGAGCCAGCUGAUGCCGCGGGUAUGUCAACCGAGGAGCGCGAGCAAGCCGUGCGUGCUCUUGCCCAGGAGAUCCCCAACGAAAAGGACGGCCUUUGGGAGUGGGAUGUCAAGUGGGACUUCUUGGACGAAGGUGUUAUUCGUGACAAACUGCGGCCAUUCGUCGAGAAGAAGUUGGUUGAAUAUCUCGGUGUGCAAGAGGAACUUUUGAUCGAGGUUGUGGAGGAGCAUCUCAGAAAGCAUGGCAAGCCAGCCGAGUUGGUGGACACAUUGGCUGAGGCUCUGGAUGAUGAGGCGGAGGCUUUAGUUAAGAAGUUAUGGCGCAUGGUAAUUUUCUACACUGAGAGUGAAAAGCGAGGCCUAUCUGCGUAA